CAGCGCCUUGCAUCCAAGGCAGCUUCGGCUUAAACGGCGCCCCUCAUACUUACAGAAGCUGCCAGCUUCGUACAGACACUCCCUUGGACUCAUAGAAUCGCGCUGUCUAGCUCCCGCUGAUCACUGCCACAGCUGCUGGCACCACAAGCCACAAGCCUCGGUGCCGGACAGAUCUGGACGCCGCCAGCGCGAGCGCGAGGAUUACCGCUGGCCACACGCCAUCGGGGCGACGCUGCGUCGCACCUGACGCCAUACGCGCAUCGGUGCGCCGCGCCGCACGCCAGCAACCAUGCUCGUGCUCGCGUCGACCCUCGCCGCCGCGGCCGCGCUCCAGGCCUCGACGCAGCCCCACCCCCUCUUCGCCCUUUCGCAGAGCAACACGCCAAAGCCCGUGAACAGAGUCCUGGGAGGCGACUUUGACGUAAAUCCGAAGGAGCUCGUCAAUAUGUUACCGCUCCAACCAUCUGACAGAAAACGGGCCAAAGAAGCCUUGGCGAGGGACGACUUCGUAGUUACUCUUGAUAACGUAGUAACAGAGGAGCACUGCGACCGGCUCAUAACUUUUGCGAAGUGGGCCAUGCCGUCGACGGUGACCGGCGCGGCGUCGAACGAGGUCGAUUCGGUGGAUGGCGCACCCGCGCACCAAGCGAACCUACCGAAAGCGGCCCUCAAGGAGCUGCUCGGCUCGGAGGGCUACGCGCGGUUACUAGCCCCGGCGUCCCAGAUUCUAGGCGUCAUGCCGCGGGCGGUGAGCGCGUUCGUGCGCAAGUACUCGACGACCUCCAGGCCGCGCUUACCCUUCCACUGCGACGGCUGCGACGCGUCCAUCUCCGUCAAUUUAGUAGAUGGGUCGGAGUACGACGGCGGGGACCUGGUCAUGCUCUCGGACAAUGCGCUGCUGACGGCGCCGCGCCAGGCCGGGAGCGCCGCCGCACAUAGCGCGGACGUGGCCCACGCCGUGACGGACCUCACGAGAGGCGUCCGAUGGUCGCUGGUGGUCUUCGCGCACAAGCGGCGGAACUGGCGGCGCCAGUUUUCUGUGCAGGCGGACGGCCGCGUCGUCGACAAGCGGCGCUGAAGCGCUCGCAUGAUCGUAUUGUCCCAACACACACGUGUUCGGGGAACUUGUUUGUAAUCGUUACACAUCAG